AUGACAUUCUCAUCUCGAAUUAUUCUCUUGUGUUCUGCACUCCUCCUAUCGAGGGAUUCGGAAGGUCUCUUGAUGAAGAAGAUGAUGAAAGGUGCGAUGGGUUCCAUGAUGAUGUACCACCCUCCCGACGACCAUUACAUGAUGCCCGCUCCGAUGCCCAUGAUGAUGCCCGCCUGGAACCCACCGAUGGAUGCCAACACGAUGUCGAUGAUGAUGAUGAUGAUGGGCAUGCCGGCGAUGCCGAUGAAUGACGAAAUGAGAGCUGCAUUGUCGAUGGAGCAGUCCCUCUCUCUCAUGAGCAGGAUGAUGAACAGAGCACAAUCGGCGCAUGAAGCGGCUGAUACCAAAAUGAAACACCAUUUGAGAUCCCACGAACAAAGAUCGGAUGUGGUCAGGGCCCCAUGCAAGCAUCAAGCAACGGCACCGCAAGCGGUCGAGCCGCUCGCAGCUCCACAGAACAGAGGCCAGUCUGAAACCCCAUGCCGACACGCUCUUACGUCUUCGGCACCCGCAGCGAUGCACAACCAACCUCUGACACAGAUGGGUUCAAACGCAAACCCCAAUGGGGGCAUGUCCGCGUCGCUAGUCCAGGCACCUCAAAUGAUGGCGGUACCGAUGAUGCAGUAUCCCAUGCGAGCGCCCACCAUGAGCCCGCCGAUGAUGCCUAUGAUGGCUUCCGGAGCUUUUCCCCCCAACGUUGUCGCCAUGGAUUCCAUGGGCAGGCAGAGUUGA